AUGAAUUUUUUCAAGAAAUCACUGCCAUACUUGGCAAUGAUUUUUCUGCAAUUUAACCUGGCAUCCUUGGCGAUCAUUGUAAAGCAUGCUCUGGACAAUGGUCUGAGCCCACGUGUUCUGGUGGCACUCCGGAUGAUAGUUGCUGCCACUUUCAUUUCUCCUUUUGCCAUUGUCAUAGAAAGUCCUGUGUUUGGCCAAAAUUUGUACUAUACUGGGAUGAAAAACACUACUGCAACAUUUACUGUUGCCAUGAACAAUAUUCUUCCUGCCAUGGCAGUUAUAAUGGCUUGGAUUUUUAGGCUUGAGAUUGUUAAACUUAGGAAGCUGCAUAGCCAGGCAAAGAUACUGGGAACCCUUGUGGCAGUCGGGGGAGCAAUGAUAACGACAUUUGUAAAAGGAACUCUCCUGGACUUGCCAUGGACGAAUGGAAGAACCAUAAUUUUUAUGAAAUAUGCAAUUGAUGUACAACAUACAGAUCUAAUGAAGGGUGCUGUACUGAUCGUAGUUGGUUUGUUUUGCUGGUCUUGUUUCAUCAUUUUGCAAGCACAUAUAUUAAGAUCCUACCCAUCAGUGCUCAGUUUGGCGGCUUUGGUAUGCAUAUUAAGCUCCAUGGAAGGCAUCAUACUAGCCUUCCUAGUUGAACGAGGAAACACAAAAAUCUGGUCCAUAUUCAAUCCAGAUGCCAAACUUUUAGCUGUAAUUUUUGGUGGAAUGGUGUCUUGCUCAAACUAUCUCAUAAUGGGCUGGUUAACGAAGAAAGGAGGACCAGUUUUUGUAACUUCUUUUAAUCCUCUGGGGUUGGUUCUCGUCGCAAUUUUCAGCUCAUUUUUUCUAGCUGAGAGACUCUUCCUAGGAAGGGUUCUUGGAGCAGUUGUGAUUAUCAUUGGACUGUACAUGGUGUUAUGGGGUAAAAGCAAAGACCAACGUCGUUCAAAUUCACAAAACAUUCAAUACGAUGAUGCCGCCGCCGCCGCUCCACAAAAUCAUCGACAAACGGCUGUAAUCAAUGGUGAUAUAGAGACUCCAAGCCAGUCCAAUGUGAUUGUUAAUUAG